GCCCUAAAACAACAAACAGUCUUCACUCCAGCCUCUUCUAUACAAUAUCUCUUUCAUACACUACUCUCAUCUGCAAACCCCUCCCAAAGACAAACAGUCAACACCGCAACCAUGAAGCUCUCGCUCAACCUGCUCCUCGCCACCCUCUCCCUCUCUUCGACGGCCUUUGCUGCCCCCUCGUCGGCCAAAUCCAUGAUGGUCGCCAACACUCAAUGGACCAUUACUUCCCUUAAGCGCGUCUGCGACACCGCCGACACCAAAUGCACCUGGACCUUCGGCAUCGACACGGGCUCCGACUCUACCGACUGUACCUACGUCGUGACGGGCACGCCCGCCUCGCAGGCGAACGGCGGCCCUGCGCAUUGCGGUGCUUACACCGUCACCUCUGGCUGGAGCGACCAGUUCGGUGCGGAAAAUGGCUUCACCACCCUCUCGGUGGUCAAUGAGGGUACCCGCCAGAUCAUCUGGCCCGCGUACACGGACAAGCAGCUUGCAGGAGGCAAUGUUGUCACGCCGGACCAGAGCUACACGCCUUCUGUCCUUCCUUGAACGGUUUCUUGAUCUGUUGUUUGCUUGGGUCUAUGCUUUGCAAUAUGUAUUACAGCUUUACAUCAUCUUAGGGAAAACUUGUAUCGAUAAUCUCAAAAAUAAUAAUUU